AGCAGCGCUGGCUAUCUACGUGGAGUGUGUAGAGCCGGGCGCGAGGUGGAAUUGCUGCGGAAAGUGGGAAACUGGAAGUAGAAUCUGGUGCUCCGGAAAGAGACGUUCCCAACUUCUGCUUUCUCCUCAGAUUGAGCAUUACUCCCCCAUUCUACCAUGGGCAAGAAGGGCAAAGUUGGCAAGAGCCGACGGGACAAGUUUUAUCACUUGGCGAAGGAGACGGGUUACCGUUCCCGAUCUGCUUUCAAGCUGAUCCAGCUCAAUCGCCGCUUUCAGUUCCUGCAGAAAGCACGAGCCUUGCUGGAUCUGUGUGCUGCGCCAGGGGGAUGGCUGCAGGUAGCUGCCAAGUUUAUGCCUGUAUCCAGCCUUAUUGUGGGAGUGGACCUGGUUCCAAUCAAGCCUCUCCCCAAUGUGGUGACUCUCCAGGAGGACAUCACAACUGAACGCUGUAGGCAGGCCCUGAGGAAGGAGCUGAAGACCUGGAAGGUUGAUGUUGUGCUAAAUGAUGGGGCCCCCAACAUUGGGGCUAGCUGGGUCCAUGAUGCUUACUCACAAGCCCAUUUGACACUGAUGGCUCUGCGUUUGGCUUGUGACUUUUUGGCCUGUGGUGGCUGCUUCAUCACAAAGGUUUUCCGUUCCCGUGACUAUCAGCCUCUGCUAUGGAUCUUUCAGCAGCUGUUCCGCCGUGUCCAGGCCACCAAGCCCCAAGCGUCUCGCCAUGAAUCUGCAGAGAUCUUUGUGGUCUGCCAAGGAUUCCUGGCCCCUGACAAGGUUGACAGUAAAUUCUUUGACCCCAAAUUCGCCUUCAAGGAGGUUGAAGUUCAGGCUAAGACCGUUACUGAAUUGGUAACUAAGAAGAAGCCAAAGGCCGAAGGCUAUGCUGAGGGUGACCUCACUCUCUAUCACCGUACCUCAGUCACUGACUUCCUCCGAGCUGCCAACCCUGUUGACUUCCUCUCCAAGGCCAGCGAAAUCAUGGUAGAUGAUGAAGAGUUGGCACAGCAUCCAGCCACCACUGAGGAUAUACGGGUGUGCUGUCAGGACAUCAGAGUGUUGGGGCGCAAGGAACUCAGGUCGCUACUAAACUGGAGAACAAAACUUCGGCGGUAUGUGGCCAAGAAGCUGAAAGAACAAGCAAAGGCACUGGACAUCAGCCUCAGCUCUGGAGAGGAAGAUGAAGGUGAUGAGGAGGACUCAACAGCUGGGACCACAAAGCAGCCCUCUAAGGAGGAGGAGGAGGAAGAACAACUGAACCGUACCCUGGCCGAAAUAAAGGCCCAGGAGGUGGCGGAAUUAAAGAGGAAGAAAAAGAAGCUGUUGCGUGAGCAGAGAAAGCAGCGGGAGCGUGUGGAGCUGAAGAUGGAUCUGCCUGGGGUUUCCAUCGCAGAUGAGGGGGAGACUGGCAUGUUCUCCCUGCACACCAUCCGGGGUCAUCAGUUAUUAGAGGAAGUAACACAAGGGGACAUGAGUGCAGCAGACACAUUUCUGUCCAAUCUGCCAAGGGAUGACAUCUGUGUGUCAGAUGUUGAGGACGAUAGUGACGACACAUCUCUGGAUAGUGACCUGGAUCCAGAGGAGCUGGCAGGAGUCAGGGAACAUCGGCGUCAAAGGGACGGAAAGGGUGUGCGAUUUGCUGAAGCGGAAGAUGAUCAAGAGGAGGAAAAUGAGAAUCCGCUGCUGGUACCACUGGAGGAAAAGGCAGUACUGCAGGAAGAACAAGCCAACCUGUGGUUCUCAAAGGGCAGCUUUGCUGGGAUUGAGGACGAUGCCGACGAGGCCCUGGAGAUCAGCCAGGCCCAGCUGUUGUUCAAAAGCCGGUGGAAGGGACAGCAGCAGCCACAGCCACUGACACCACCUUCCAGCUUGAAGAUUGAGAGAAUGUCUCCCAUGUGCCAGGAUGAAACCCCUAACAGAACAGAGGCUUCUUCAGGGACAGAAGCUGCCACUGGCCCUGAAGGGGAAGAAAAGGAUGGCAGCUCAGACAGUGAUAACAGUAGUAGCAGUGAGGAUGAAGAGAGCUGGGAACCCCUCCAUGGUAAGAAGCGAAGCCGUGGGCCUAAGUCAGAUGAUGACGGGUUUGAGAUCGUGCCGAUUGAGGACCCAGUGAAACACCGGAUACUAGACCCUGAAGGACUUGCUCUAGGCGCUGUUAUUGCCUCUUCCAAAAAGGCCAAGAGAGACCUCAUAGAUAACUCCUUCAACCGGUACACAUUUAAUGAGGAUGAGGGGGAGCUUCCAGAGUGGUUUGUGCAAGAGGAAAAGCAGCACCGGAUACGACAGUUGCCUGUUGGUAAGAAGGAAGUGGAGUACUACCGGAAACGCUGGCGGGAAAUCAAUGCACGUCCCAUCAAGAAAGUUGCCGAGGCUAAGGCUAGAAAGAAAAGGAGAAUGCUGAAGAAGCUGGAACAGACCAGGAAAAAGGCAGAAGCCGUGGUGAACACAGUGGACAUCUCCGAACGAGAGAAAGUGGCACAGCUGCGAAGUCUCUACAAGAAGGCUGGGCUUGGCAAGGAGAAACGCCAUGUCACCUACGUUGUAGCCAAAAAAGGUGUGGGCCGCAAAGUGCGCCGGCCAGCUGGAGUCAGAGGUCAUUUCAAGGUGGUGGACUCAAGGAUGAAGAAAGACCAAAGAGCACAGCAACGUAAGGAACAAAAGAAAAAACACAAACGGAAAUGAGCAGAGCUGCCAGGCUCUCAGGAGAGCAUGGGGACUAGGGAGGAAAAGCGUGGCAUGGCUCAGUCUGGCCCCCUUGAUACCAGCCCCUGCUCACAUCACAGCUGUCUAAAGAACAGUGAGGCAGGGUGCCCAGAAUUUCCAUGGUGGUCCCAAGCAGAGGAGGAUGUCCUCCUGCCUGCCUGAAGGGAGGUCUCCCAUGAAAGCACCGAACUGUCUUGACAGACCCAUGACCCCUUUUUUAAACCAUUAAAGGGAAGUUCAGUGUUGGAGCGACACUCAAUGAUUCCUGGACAUGUGGGCCAGGCCUCUUAAGCCAGGAGCCACACUCAAUGUAAAUGUAGUCCAUUCUUGGACGUGUGUGCCUCUUAAGCCUUCCCCCAUUCUAUUCCUGAAUAAAACCAGGAUGAUGGAAGA